GCCCUUUAAGCCUUCCCAGAACCUUCUCUCUCUCUCUCUCUCUCUCUCUCUCUCAUGGCACUAUAUAUGCGCGAGUGUAUAUAUGUACAUGUAAAGCUUAUAUAAGUGUAUACAGAGAUUAAAUCAUAUACAUGGAUCUUAUGAGAGCAGUGCUGUGGUGGUGGGCUCUUCUGAUGUGCAUUACGACGACGGCGUUUGGGGAAACGCAAACGCAGUGGGCGGCGGUGAGGGAGCGCGGUCUCAGGACGCGGCGGCCGGAGCAUCGGAACGCGUACGCGACGAUGAUGUACAUGGGAACGCCGAGGGACUACGAGUUCUACGUGGCGACACGUGUCCUCAUCAGAUCCCUCCGAUCCCUCCACGUGGACGCUGAUCUCGUCGUCAUCGCCUCCCUCGACGUCCCUCUCCGCUGGGUUCGUUCCAUGGAAGAGGAAGACGGGGCGAAGGUGGUGAGAGUGGAGAACGUGGAGAACCCGUACAAGGGGCAGAGAAACUUCAACAGGAGAUUCAAGCUGACACUGAACAAGCUGUACGCGUGGGCUCUGUCUGAUUACGACCGAGUCGUGAUGCUCGACGCCGACAACCUCUUCCUCCAGAACACGGACGAGCUCUUUCAGUGCGGCCAGUUCUGUGCGGUGUUCAUAAACCCGUGCAUAUUCCACACCGGUCUCUUCGUCUUGGAGCCUUCCUUGGAUGUCUUCAGGGACAUGAUUCAUGAGCUCGAGCUCGGAAGGCUAAACCCAGAUGGCGCCGACCAAGGCUUUCUCGUCAGUUACUUCUCCGAUCUGCUCAAUCAGCCUUUGUUUCAUCCUCCCAGCAAUUCUUCUGAUCUUCUCAAUGGCCAUUUCAGACUUCCAUUGGGCUACCAGAUGGAUGCUUCUUACUACUAUCUUAGAUUGAGGUGGAACAUACCAUGUGGGCCGAACAGUGUGAUAACGUUUCCUGGAGCUGUUUGGUUGAAGCCAUGGUACUGGUGGUCGUGGCCUGUUCUUCCCCUAGGCCUGUCUUGGCACCAUCAACGCUACUGGACUCUCGGCUAUGCAGCAGAGAUGCCACUCGUCAUAAUCCAAGCAGCGUUCUACGUGGGGAUAAUCGUGGUCACACGCCUCGCCCGACCCACCUUCUCCAAGCUCUGCCAUAGACGUUCAGACCGUAACCUCUUCGCCCUCCAAAUCUCGUUCAAGAUGGUCGCCGUCAUUUCCAUCCUAGCCGCGUACGUUUUGCCAUUCCUCACCAUCCCUCAGACGGUCCACCCUCUCAUGGGCUGGUCACUGUACCUGAUCGGAUCACUGGCUCUGUCUUCCAUAGCGAUAAACGCGCUCUUGCUGCCGGUGGUGGCUGUCCUAACGCCAUGGCUAGGGAUAAUAGGAGCGCUGGUGAUGAUGGGGUUGCCGUGGUAUCCGGACGGGGUGGUGAGGGCGUUAGCGGUUUUCGGGUACGCCUUCUGCUGUGCUCCGUUUGUUUGGGUGUCGAUGGUGAAGGUGACGUCGCAUCUUCAGGUGAUGAUUGAGAAAGAGGCUUGGUUGGGGGAGCCUUCUCUUGUCAACUCCGGCUUCACCAAAUCGUUUUAGGAGGAGAGAUUGCGUUGGUGGAUUUCCUCUGUAAU